AUGAGUUGCAACGGUUGUCGUGUCCUCCGAAAGGGAUGCAGCGAGGAUUGCAUGUUACGAGAUUCUCUAACAUGGAUACAAAACCCACAAGCACAGGGUAACGCCACUGUCUUCGUCGCCAAAUUCUUCGGCCGUGCCACACUCAUGUCUUUCCUUUCCUCUGUUCCUCCCAACCAAAGAUCUGGUUUGUUCCAGUCACUUAUGUAUGAAGCUGUUGGAAGAACUAUAAAUCCGGUGAAUGGAGCGGUGGGGCUUUUGUGGACCGGGAGGUGGCGGUUUUGCCAACACGGCGUCGAACAAGUUUUGAGAGGUAACGGUGGCGCGUUGACACCACUGCCUGAUCAUGAGAGUACUGAAAAGGGAAGUUAUAGUGAUCGUCGUCAAUAUCACCGAGAGCAACAAGUAAUGAUCGAAAAAGAGAAUUAUAAUGAAGUAGCAAACAAGACACUGUCCGAGGAAUCGGAGUCGUCGACGUUGGGAAGUAGAACAGGAUCUGAGGAUUAUUCAUAUGUUUAUGCUAAUUCUCAAAUUCAAACUCAAACGAACCAACUCCUUACACUAUUCUUAUGA